UCUUCUUCUUCCAUUUUACUCUCAUCGACCUCAAAAAUCACAACAAUGGCGAACAUCUCGAGCGCUUCUUGUUUCAGAGCCAUCUUUCUCGGAGCUCUCAUCAUCCUCUGUCUUCCCCAUCCCUCCACCGGCGUUCCUUUGGAAGAGUUAGAAAGAGCCAUCGCCGUCCUCCGCGUCAGAGGCCGUGCUCUCUUCGCCAACGCCAUCAUCACCUCCGAUCUCCUCUUCGAUCUACUCUCCGACGAGUCUCUCACUCUCUUCGCCCCCACCGAUUCCAUGCUCUUCGCUCUCGACAUGACUCAUUCUCUUCCCUUCUACGUUUCUACUCUCCGCCUCCACUCCGUACCUCUCCGCCUCUCACUCUCCGAUCUCCGAUCUCUCCCCAACGCCUCCUCUAUCCCGACGCUUCUCCCAUCUCAUCGCCUCCUUCUCACUAAGCUUUCUUCCUCCAACGACUCCAUUUUUCUCGACGGUGUUCAACUUCUCCUCCCUGGUUUGUUCGAUGGUCAACAUAUUGCCGUACACGGUCUCGCCGAUCUUCUUCCCCUCACCGCCCCUUCGUCUCCCAAUCGUCUCGUGGAAGAUUCGGCGGCACUUGCAGAGUCACCGUGGUUUUUAGGUUCAAGAUUUUCACCGGCACCAGAGCCUUACUUCGCCUUUAUGGGUCCUUCGCCAGCAGAGUCGCCGAGUGUUGAGGAAGUUUCACCAUCGCCGUCGUGGGGAGAAGAUUUCAUCGUAGACGAUGAAGGAGGUCCGUUAGAUGGGAGGAAUAACGGCUUUUGAUGUACACGUGUCGUAAUCUCUGUAAAACCUAACACGUGUCCUUGUUAAGUCA